ACACACGCCCCAACACACGCACACCCCACUAAGCUUCUAAAAGGCACAAGCCUUCAUGCUACCAAGUGUAACCCCAUUACCCCACAACAUAGCACUCAAAUUUCCCCAAAUUUGCCACAUUCAACAAAAUCUUCACCUCCUUCCUAGUUUGAAGGCAAUAAAAAAUGAGCCACAAUGUAAAUUCUCUAUAAAACCAAGAUGGGAUUUAAAUUCAGUUCAGUACUCCAGUUUCAACUUUCAAGAGUCCAACUACUAUCUCUAUCUGCUUCACAUAAAGGACCAUGUUCAUGUCCUUUGAUUCUGUGCACCUGUAUCUUUCAUUUAAAUUUGCACACAAAACAUCACACUGAAUUGCUUGACCUUAAACACAUUCAAUUCUUAAUAAUGCCCCACAUGAUUUUGGCAUUGUACUCUUAAUGUCAUAAAUACUAUAGCUAGUCUCAUGCAACUUGGUUUUUCAUUCCUAGUCAGUGUCACAAUUUUGAUUUCUUUUUCUUGGUGAGUUCCGAAAUCUAAAGUGAUAAACAGUACAACCUCCCUAAGAAAGGUUCCAGGACUAACUGGAAGAAGAAGGAGUGAACAAGUGACAAACCAAGAGAUGGAUGAGGAUGUGUUGAAGAAGUCACCACCUUCUCAAGAAAAAUAUGGCAGGGCUCAAUUUGCAAUAAGGUUAAUGGUGCUGGUUUUGUUUUUGGCUUGGGUUUUUGUUUGGGUAGUGGCUCCAACAGACACUUAUAAGCAGAUAUGGUUACCGCAACUAAAAGCAAAGAUCAAUUCUUCAUAUUUUGGAAAACAAGGUGCAACACUUCUCCUGUUCACUGUUCCAAUAUUGUUCAUAGCUGUAUUGGGAAGUAUCUACCUCCAUAUAGCAAAGAAAUACAAUUAUUUCAAAAUGGAAAGGAGCAAGAAUGGGAAGAAAUGUGAGGGAGUAUUCAUAGGGAAGCGUCCAAUGCUUGUGAGAGGCCCUCUUGGCAUUGUUUCUGGCACGGAACUUGCCUUGUUGUUUAUGUUCAUUGUGCUACUAGUUUGGUCCUUUUCAAAUUAUCUAAACAACAGCUUUGCCAAAAUUUCUCAGAAAUCAGCAGCAGAAGAUGGAGAAAAAGUAUGGCAGAAGAAACUAGAUAAAUCAGCAGUGAUGUUGGGGAAAGUUGGGAACAUAUGCUUGGCAAUGUUGUUUUUCCCAGUGACACGUGGCUCCUCAUUGUUGCCACUGGUUGGUCUAAAAUCAGAGAGUUGCAUAAAGUACCAUAUUUGGCUUGGAAAUAUGCUCAUGACAAUCUUCACUGCUCAUGGCCUUUGCUACAUCAUUUAUUGGGCAGUGACUAAUCAACUUUCAAAGAUGCUAGAAUGGAAAAAAACAGGGAUAUCAAAUGUAGCAGGAGAGUUAACUUUGCUAAUUGGUCUUUUAAUGUGGCUUACAACAUUCCCUCGCAUUAGGAGAAAAGCCUUUGAGCUUUUCUUCUACACACACCACCUCUACAUCCUCUUCAUUGUGUUGUUCAUCUUUCAUGUGGGAAUCUCCUAUGCUUGUAUUAUGCUCCCUGGUUUCUACCUCUUCUUGGUUGAUCGUUAUCUAAGGUUCUUGCAAUCAAGACAGCAAGCUCGGUUGGUUUCUGUUCGUGUUUUGCCAUGUGAAGCGGUAGAACUUAACUUCUCUAAGACCCAUGGGUUGACAUAUAAUCCCACAAGUAUUGUGUUCAUAAACAUACCAAGCAUAUCAAAGUUGCAGUGGCAUCCAUUUACAGUUACUUCUAAUAGUAACUUGGAGCCUGAAAUUCUAAGUGUUGUCAUUAAGAGUGAGGGAGCUUGGUCCCAGAAACUCUAUCAGAUGCUUUCAGUACCAUCUGCAAUUGAUCAUAUCAAUGUCCAUGUUGAAGGUCCUUAUGGACCUGUAUCAACCGAUUAUCUAAGGCACGAAACUCUUGUGAUGAUUAGUGGAGGCAGUGGCAUCACUCCUUUUGUGUCUAUCAUCAGAGAGCUAAUAUAUCUAAACAUAACAUUGAGAUACAGAACUCCAAAACUUACCUUAAUUUGUGCAUUUAAGAACACCUCUUAUCUCUCAAUGUUAGAUAUGAUCCUCCCAAGUUAUGGAAUCAACGGUGACAUUUCUAGUUUGCAACUACAAAUUGAGGCUUACAUCACAAGAGAGGAAGACCUUAAACAGAAUAAUAAUCCAAUUCCCCUUCAAUCCAUAUGGUUCAAGCCCAACAAAAAAGACUCGCCUAUUUCUACUAUUUUAGGUCCAAAUAGUUGGGUUUGGCUUGGUGCUAUAAUAUCAUCUUCUUUCAUAAUCUUCAUUAUCCUAAUUGGGAUGAUUAACCAUUACUACAUUUUCCCUGUUGAUCAUAACACCAAUAAAAUAUUUUCAUACCCUUUGAAGUCUUCUAUCAACAUGUUAGUGAUAUGUGCGUCUAUAGCAAUGGGUGCAAGUGGAGCUGUUCUUUGGAACAAGAAACAAAAUGCCAAAGAAGCAAAGAAGGUACAGAAUAUGGAGGGGUCAUCUCCAUCAGUAGGAUCAACAAAUUUCAAAGUUUGUGACGUAGAAAGAGAAUUGGAAAGCCUACCAAACCAAAUCCUUGCCAAUGCUACAAAUGUGCAUUAUGGUGGAAGACCUGACCUAAGAAGAUUACUGUUGGAACUGAAAGGGUCAAAUGCGGGGGUUCUUGUUUCUGGUCCCAAGGAAAUGAGGCAGGAGGUAGCAGCUGUUUGCUCAUCUAAAUUGGCUGAAACUCUGCACUUUGAGUCCUUUAGCUUUAAUUGGUGAUUUUACUUGAAUUGUUAGAAGAUAUAAAACGUUUAGCUAUUCGCGAGAAUUGAUCUUAGCUAGCUUAUUUUGAGUUAGAAUUUUUAUUAUUUUUUGAUAGUGUAAAUUGGUUAUGUAACAAAUGUUAGAAAAUGAAAUCUGUCAUGAGGAGCAUAACAAAAAAGGUAAAAGGGUUUUACUUCCAUAUCAUUUUUUUAGAAUAUUAGCAUACAAACAA